AUGGUUCGUGUUAUCACCUUCAAUCUAGCAGUUCUUGUUACGCUGCUUCUCGGCGCUGAAGCCGGUCCCUGUCGACCGACGAGGAUCGCCGUUGCAAGCGUUACUGAGACUACCUCAACGCUUGCUGCUGACACAUCGGCUACAUCAAUCGCUUCGACUACUGUUACAGCCCUAAUAGAUACCGCCACUGUAACCCUGGAGGAUACUACAACUACAGCCGAAGCCGAACCUACUACCACGUCCGCGGCUGCAGUCUGUGUCGAAUCCCAGUUGUUUGUGAACCCAAACUUUGACGACAGCAUCGGUGACGAUAUUGCACCUUGGACCAGCAACGCCCACCUCACCCAAAGCCAGCCCCAAUCCGGCCGAAACGCACUCUCCGCGACAUUUGUCAACGGUGUACCCGAUUACUACAUCAAGCAGACUCUGCAGAAUCUGAAUGGUGACUAUGAAUUUUCGUACCAUUACAGAGUCGUCAGUGUCAGCCAGAAUGCCGACUACACCUGCAACAUUCAGCUCACGGUUGGGUCAUUAAGCAGUUACGCUGAAAUGUACGACACUGUUGGUGGCUGGAGGUCAGGUAGCGUUAGAUUUAGUACUUCUGACGACACUCUUGCGCAGGCGGAACUACAGUUUGGCCUAUCCUGCUAUGGGGAAUUCACUGGAAUUCAGGUGGACAUCGAUACUCUUGCGUUUACACGAGUUUGUAACGCCUAG